CUCUGCUGCUGCCAUUGCCGCUGCUGCUGCUACCCUCCUUACUGGUUUUCCUUUGGCUUCUCCUGCAUGACUCCAGCUGUGUUUUCCUCCUCCUGAGCAGCCCCCAGUCUCAGAUGCUGAAGGUGAGAAGCCGGCUGUUCACUUUGGGCUGUUGUUGGUUCAGUUAACCAAUUUUGUGGAGGAAUUGAGCUUUCUGCUUUUCCUUGCCUUGUUUUGAAGAGCCGGGGAUGGCUUGAGAAGAAACUAGGAAUUUAAAAUAAGAACCUUUGAAAAGUGGGAAGGGAGGAGGAAGCUUCACUAUGAGAAGCUUCUUUUCUGAGAAUUUCGAAGGUUUAGAUUCUUUGGUGGUCUCUUUCUGUUGGAUCAUUUUUUCUGAUGCUUGGACUCUAUUUUUAUGCCUGUGCUGUGAUGCUGUAAGAUUUCUGAAGCCGGCUUUCCUGUGAAAGGGUAUGGACCCGAAACAAGCUUUAUAAUUAAGCGUUCUUGAGAAGAAUUCCCCUUGGAAAAUACAGGCUCAAAAAUGUCGGAAGCUAGUCUGGAAAAAGCUCCACAUCCUUCAACCCAGCUGAGUCCCACUGCAUCCCUUGAUGGGCUUCCUGGUGAAGAAGAGAUGCCAGAGACUCAAAGGGAGGAAACCAGGAUGCAGGGAGUAGCAGGCCUUGCAGCUACUUGUUGUGUGUGCCUGGAGGCAGAGCGACUGACGGGUUGCCUUAAUUCCGAAAAGAUCUGCAUCGUCCCAAUCUUGGCUUGCCUGAUCAGCCUCUGCCUCUGCAUUGCUGGCCUUAAGUGGGUGUUUGUGGACAAGAUUUUUGAAUAUGAUUCUCCUACUCACCUUGAUCCCAGUAGGGCUCGACAAGAUCCGAUUACCUCUAUGGACCCUACUGCACUGUCUGCUUGGUUGCCAUCUGCAGCGCAAACCUCCUACUUCCCCCUUCCCACCAAUGAAGCCGCACAGGAGAUCAUGGAGCAACCCAGAGGCCCCAUGGUAGUUACUUCUGAGAUUGCCUCUAAUCCAUCUCCAUAUAACACUGUCCGAAAUGAUUAUUUCUUGCCAUCUUUGGUACCCUCGCUACCUCUGCCUAGCCUAAAACCUGAAGUGAAAAGACCCACCACUGCAUCCCUGGUACAAGAAAUUGAAACCAAUAUCCAAACAGCUGCACCAAAAUCAGCCACUACAUCUACUACUGGGACAAGUCAUCUCACAAGAUGUGAUGUGAAUAAGAAAGGCUACUGUGUAAAUGGGGGUGAAUGCUUCAUGGUCAAAGAUCUUCCAAACCCAAGAUAUUUAUGCAAGUGCCCAAAUGAAUUUACUGGUGAUCGCUGUCAAAACUACGUAAUGGCCAGCUUCUACAAACACCUUGGGAUUGAAUUUAUGGAAGCUGAGGAACUCUACCAGAAAAGGGUGUUGACCAUAACUGGCAUCUGCAUUGCUCUUCUUGUUGUUGGCAUCAUGUGUGUUGUGGCAUACUGCAAAACCAAGAAGCAGCGGAAAAAGUUACAUGACCGUCUCAGGCAAGGCCUUCGAUCAGAACGCAAUCACAGGGUCAACAUGGCAAACGGGCCUCACCAUCCUCAUCCACCGCCAGAGAAUGUCCAGCUGGUAAAUCAAUAUGUAUCUAAAAACAUAAUUUCCAGUGAACAUGCUGUUGAGAGAGAAACUGAGGCAUCUUUUUCUACAAGUCACUAUACCUCAACUACACAUCAUUCUACAACUGUCACCCAAACUCCCAGCCACAGUUGGAGUAAUGGUCGGACCGAAAGCAUAAUCUCUGAAAGUCAUUCAGCCCUUGUGUGCUCCUCAGUUGAGAACAGCCGCCAUGCAAGCCCCUCAGGACCUCGCGGUCGCCUCAAUGGCAUUGCUGGACCAAGAGAAUACAACAGUUUUCUCCGGCACGCACGAGACACACCGGACUCUUACCGCGAUUCACCGCACAGUGAAAGGUACGUAUCUGCCAUGACCACGCCAGCUCGCAUGUCUCCUGUAGAUUUCCACACUCCAAGUUCUCCAAAAUCACCAGCUUCACAAAUGUCUCCACAAGUCUCCAGUUUAACAAUGUCUGUCCCGUCUGUAGCUGUCAGUCCAUUUAUAGAAGAAGAGAGGCCUCUCCUGCUGGUGACCCCACCCAGGCUGCGGGAAAAAUACGAGCUUCACUUACAACAGUUCAAUUCUUCUUACCACCACAAUCCUCUCCAUGAAAGCAACAGCCUACCACCAAGUCCCCUGAGGAUGGUAGAGGAUGAGGAGUACGAAACCACGCAGGAAUAUGAACCUACACAAGAGCCUCCAAAGAAACUCGUCAACAGUCGGAGGGCCAAAAGAACAAAGCCCAAUGGCCACAUUUCCACUCGAUUGGAAAUGAACACUGGCACAAGUUGUGAGAACAGUAGCUCAGAGAGUGAGACAGAAGACGACAGGAUAGGUGAAGACACACCUUUUCUGAGCAUACAAAAUGCUACAACCGCUGAACUAGAAUCAGCUGCUGCAUAUAGGCUCACUGACACUAGGACUAACCAAGCCAGCCGCUUCUCAACGCAGGAAGAAUAUCAAGCAAGAUUGUCUGGUGUAAUAGCUAAUCAGGAUCCCAUCGCUGUAUAAAGGAGGAGAGAGAGAGAAAGAGAGAAACACUUUAAAAAAAAACACAUAGAUUCACAUGUAAAACUUUAUUUU